UAAGUUGAGAACCAUCUAUUUGAACGAAUUAUCCGGGUACCUGAAGAAAAGGUGUACCUGUUUCCAAAGUGACUGUGCCUAAAAACGGUGGUUGGAACCCCAAAAGAGUAUAUCGGAAGUACGACUCCCUAACCAUACGAUGCCCCGCUCAGCCAUAUAACAUCCUCGCAGCAUCUCUCUCCUCUCUAUUCCGCACAGAAUAAACGUCAAGAUGGCCUCUCGGCGCUUCAUCCUCCUCUCCUUCCCCUUCGCUAUCGGAUACGGCAUCCACCAAGGCCUCAACAUCCUCGAAGCCAAAUAUCCCGCACUCCCUCCCGACUCCAACACCAGCUCAGCCCUCCGCACCCCCUCCAAUCCCACCACCCAACGCUGCGCCUACGUCGACGUCUACUCAGCCCGAGUCCCCGUGAAAGCCCUCGAGUCCCACCCCGCCGCCGAAAAAUCCAAAAACCUCCAAGACGCAUGGGCCCACACACUAUUCCAGAGCCGUGUUCUCCGCACCGAAGCCCGUCUUAUCGGCCUCUUCACAGCCGGCCGUCCUACUCCCGGUGAUGCAGGCGAUACACCAAGUGGUUUCUCGCGGAAGGAUGAACAGGGUGAGCAGCGGAAAUUGAUGAAUGGAGGGUUUGCGGUUGAGCGGUCGCCGUCGUCGGGAUCGUGGCUUUCUAUGUCGGGGCCAUCGGCGUUGUUGGUUUCUUGGAGGGUUCCGGAUAAUGUGCGGGAGUUCUUUGAGAAGAUUGCUGAGUAUGGAUAUCCGUACCGGUUGAUGUCUGGUGGGAGACAUGAGGUUAGUGUUUCGAAGCCGUUCAAGGAGGAGGGGAGACAGGUUGUGGAAGUGCGGUUUGCAUCGGCGCAUGAUUAUGAGAUUGUUUCAGAAGAGGGGGAACUAGAGAAGCAGAAGAUUAUCCCGGCGUGGGUUGGGAAACUGCAUUGCGGUUUUGCGCGGUUGAUCUUGGAUAGCGCUGUUCGGGAGCUGCAGGACUGAUUUGUCUGUUUACGUUCGAUGCUGAUGCUGAUGCUGAUGCUGAUGCUGAUGCACUGCUGACAGGGAUUUGCUGUUGCUGAAUCUUUUUUGAUCUUACUAUUCAUUCACUGAAUGAUUGUCUUUAUAUUUACGCCUUCUGCUUUGUUUUUGUUCUUGACAGAUUAUGUCUUACGUCGCCAUGUUAUACACCAGCAGUUAUAGCUCUGUUAAUCCACCAAAAUCUUUAUAUGAGCUUCGCCA